UCGAUAAUUUAGCUAAUAUUGUUUUUAAAAAUUACUAAGACAGAUCGUUAAUGUCUUGAAGAUGCCCGUCGCCGUCCGUUUAGUUGAGGCCUUGGCCAUUGUCACCCUCAUGGCCAUAAUCACUUGCGUCUCUCUUGGCGUCGUCAUUGCUCAGCGAGCUCUAAGCUUAACAAUUAAUUUCAUAGAGCCAGCAGCAAACAUCCUCGAUAUGUUGCUGAUAAUAACCGAAAAAAUGUUGGUCGGUGCGUUGGCUUUCACUGUUACUCUAAUCAAUAUUGUUAGCAAUGGAUUGCAUAUGAUUGGAAUUGCGUGAGACAUUCAUUUUACGUGCAAUAAGCUGCCAAGCUACGUGUUAAAUUAACUUAAUGACCAAGUUUAUUAAAUUAAUAUCUGUGCUUGUGAAGAAAAUUUGGGAAAAUCCCUCAAAAAUGUACAAAACUUGUUUUCCUAUUAAACUUUAAAUACAUGGAAUCCAUCGCUGCAAUUUAAAA